AUGGAGGCCAAAAUUAGAUUUACCUCGCUGGAGAACGGCGUUAGCCGCCUCCCUCCAAACGGCGUCGUUUCGACUCUCCAGCCGUCCUCCGUUCCGUUUAAACCGACGCUCGGGCGCCAUCUGGCGCGCCGGCUCGUCCAGAUUGGCGUCACCGACGUAUUCUCCGUUCCCGGCGAUUUUAACCUGACGCUGCUCGAUCAUCUGUUAGCCGAGCCGGAGCUUAAUUUGAUCGGCUGUUGCAAUGAGCUCAACGCCGGCUACGCUGCCGACGGCUACGCUAGGGCGCGUGGCGUCGGCGCGUGUGCCGUGACUUUCACGGUCGGAGGACUGAGCGUCCUCAACGCCAUCGCCGGCGCGUACAGCGAGAAUCUUCCGGUGAUCUGCAUCGUCGGCGGCCCUAAUUCGAACGACUACGGCAGUAAUCGGAUUCUUCACCACACCAUUUGCCUGCCGGACUUCACCCAGGAGCUCCGGUGCUUCCAGACCGUCACUUGCUUUCAGGCUGUGGUAAAUCAUCUCGACGACGCAUACGAAUUAAUCGACACAGCGAUUUCAACGGCGUUGAAGGAAAGCAAGCCAGUUUACAUCAGCGUGAGCUGCAACUUGCCGGCAAUUCCUCACCCGACUUUCAGUCGCGAUCCUGUUCCAAUUGCUCUCUCUCCGAGAUUGAGUAAUCAAAUGUCGUUGCACGCGGCCGUGGAGGCGGCGGCGGAGUUCCUAACCAAGGCCGUAAAGCCGGUGAUGGUCGCCGGACCAAAGCUCCGCGUCGCCGCCGCCGGAAAAGCCUUCAUCCAAUUAGCCGACGCUUGCGGCUACGCGGUCGCCGUUAUGCCGUCGGCGAAAGGCCUAGUUCCCGAGCACCACCCGCAUUUCCUCGGCACGUAUUGGGGCGCCGUCAGCACGGCGUUCUGCGCCGAGAUCGUCGACUCGGCCGACGCCUACAUCUUUGCCGGACCGGUUUUUAACGACUACAGCUCCGUCGGAUACUCUCUCCUUUUCAAGAAGGAUAAAUCGAUCGUCGUGCAGCCGGAUCGCGUCGUGAUCGGAAAUGGUCCGGCGUUCGGAUGCGUUUUAAUGAGGGAUUUCUUGACGGCCCUCGCCGGACGGCUCGACCGGAACACGACGGCGUUCGAGAAUUACCGGAGGAUUUAUAUACCGGAAGGUGUUCCCCUGAAGUGCGAUCCUUAUGAGGCGUUGAGAGUGAAUGUUCUGUUUCAGCAUAUUCAGAAGAUGCUCUCCGGCGAGACGGCGGUGAUCGCGGAGACCGGCGACUCGUGGUUUAAUUGCCAGAAGUUGAAAUUGCCGCCGGGAUGCGGGUACGAAUUCCAAAUGCAUUACGGAUCAAUCGGAUGGUCGGUCGGUGCGACUCUCGGAUACGCACAGGCCGUCCCGGAGAAGCGCGUGAUCGCGUGCAUUGGAGACGGGAGUUUUCAGGUGACGGCGCAGGACAUUUCGACAAUGCUACGUUGUCGCCAAAACCCGAUCAUUUUCCUCAUCAACAACGGCGGAUACACCAUAGAGGUCGAGAUCCAUGACGGGCCAUAUAACGUGAUCAAGAAUUGGAACUACACGGCCCUUGUCGACGCCAUCGACAACCGCGAAGGCAAUUCCUGGACUACCAAGGUUCGCUGUGAGGAAGAAUUGGUGGCAGCCAUUGCCACAGCUGAAGGGGCAAAGAAAGAAUGUUUGUGUUUAAUAGAAGUGAUAGUUCAUAAGGAUGAUACGAGCAAGGAGCUCCUGGAGUGGGGGUCCCGGGUGUCCGCAGCCAACAGCCGCUCCCCUAAUCCUUGUAGAUUGUGUGUGGAUUGA